AUGCUUAGGUCUUUUGUUGGGAAAAUAGAAAAGGGUGUUUCACUCUUUGCACACAGAAGAUCCUCAUUGCGGUACUUGAAUGAAGCCACAAGUGAGGUGCCAGAUGAUGUAAGGGAAGGAUAUUUUGCUGUUCUUGCAACCAAGGGUGGAGAAUCCAAAAGGUUCAUAGUCGGGUUGCAUUACUUGAAUGAUCCUGCUUUCUUGGGAUUGUUGGAUCAAGCUCGGGAAGAGUUUGGUUUCAGGCAAAAGGGUGCACUUGCAAUCCCUUGUCAGCCCCAAGAAUUACAGAAGAUUCUAGACGGUCGCAGAAUGUAA